AUGCGGGGCGUCGAUGUCCUUAUAAAUACUGGUAUUAGCGCGGGGGAACCGCCGCCGCGACCGACAACGCCCCUCCAGGAGCGUGUUGGCGGGUUCGUCGCCAAACAUCAUACUAAGCUUCUUGUGAAACCUUUGCUCAAGCGCGACCUGAUGGGAUGCGUACAAGACGGCCUCUCUGUCGAGGACUUUGUCCGCGACAUCUGGCAGUUCGAACCAGAUCGCCUCGAAUGGGAGAGAAAUGAACGAGAUCUACAGCUGAACCCCAUAAUUGCGGCCGCAUUCCAAGCUACCAUGGGACACUUCGAGCCGGAACGGUAUCCCCCUUUUGUCAUGAUGGUCGACGACGCGGUGCGCAAGCUCAUAGACACGCUGGGCCUAAAGCCGCCUUGUCCCUUGGUGUUCGAGCCCCUCGGAGACAGGAAAAUCAAGAGCGAGAGGAACGAGCGCAAGCCCGAUGUGAUCGGCAUGCCUCCCCUGAUUGCAGACGCCUGGCAAGAGUCGCAGGCGAACGAUCCAGAGAGGGAGAAGAUGCCAUUGAAGUUCUCGAUGGUGGUCGUGUUCAUGGAGCUCAAGCCAAUCUCGAGGAAGAAAUCAGUAACUAUCGAACCUUCACCGAAGAUGGUCUCUGAGCAGCAGAAGGCAUUGGCGGGGACACAUGCGGGACUGAAGCGUAAGGCACAUUCGCAAGAGACUCCGCCAAGUGCAAAGCGGAGGGCCCUCGAUGCCACGGACAGCACCAGCACCGGGACAGGUUCGUCCAGCUCCGUGGAUCAGUUAGGGUCUCCAGGCACCGAGCGCACGACAUCAACGUCGACUUCUCUUGCCGCGUAUCGUAGGCACAGCAGGGCCGCUGCUGUGGCUGUGAAAUCUGAUAUAGAAGCAGAAGUCGAGGAGGAAGGAGAGGCAGUCGAAGAGUCAGCUGCCUCGCCGUCAGCAGGCACGUUCGCCGAUGAGAUACUGACCCUACGAGCAGUCGAGACGACCGAGGUGGGCGCUUCUCGCGUCAUUGCCAGUAGGAAGCUCCUUGCAGACGCUAGGAAGGAUGGUGGUAAUUUGACCAAGACCAAGAAGCGCAAACCACUGGUGCUGACCUCAGACGAGCUACAGGCUGCAAGCUAUGCGUCAGAAUGUCUGGCGGAUGGCCGACGCCGGUAUACAACAGGGUUCUUUAUCCGGGAUCUGAUAAUGUCACUCUGGUACUACGACCGGAUGGGCGUGGUCAGAUCGCAGGAGUUCAACUUGAUCGAAAAUCCGAGACUGUUCUUCCUUGCUCUGGCGGCGGUCACGGAGUGCAACAUGGAGCGGUUCGGGUACGAGCCGAUGAUCCGCCCACCGCCGACAUUGGUGUCUCCCACAGUUGGACCGCCGAUGCAUCUGGAUGAAUGGGAGAUUCAGAUCGACCAAGGCGUCGACGCAGACAAUAUUCUGGUUCCCGGCGUUGUGAAGAUGAAGAUUACGGGAGAUCCACUCUACGUGCAGCCUGGGAUUGUGGGCCGCGGGACUUCCGUCAUACCUGUGACCGUCAUUCCUGGGCACGAAUUUGCAGGGCUGGAAGCAGGGAAGAAGCUGGUGGUGAAGUUCAGCUGGCCGGCGGCCUCGCGUGUGGAUUCCGAGGACAGUCUUGUGCGGCGGAUCAGCAAGCGUAUUGGAGUGAAAGAGGCACAACACAUCACACCGAUGCGACUGUCGACGAUGUUAGAGGGCGCGAGUCUGGGCUUGCCACGGAUGGCGGAUUCACUGCGGAAACUGUCAGGAAGUGUCGAAGAGCGGGUGCUCCGCGUAAUCGUAUGCGACCGUCUCAGACCUCUGAAGGAUCUGGAGACCCUCCCAGAUUUCCAAUCAGUUUUCCUCGACCUCGUUCGAGCGCAUCGCCUGGUCUUCAGGAGGGCCCAUGUCAUUCACCGAGACUUGAGCAUCAAUAACGUCAUGUUUGGCCUGACUCCGGAGGGCAAGCCAUACGGUGUGCUUAUCGACUGGGACCUUGCGAUCGAUGUCGAAGCAAAAGCUGGUGUUGGGCAUGCUGCGUCUCCGUCACAUCGUACAGGGACAGGGCCCUUCAUGGCUAUUGAACUUCUGCAGACUAUGAAAGGCUCUCCUCACUUCUACCGCCAUGACCUGGAGUCGUUCUUCUACCUGCUAAUUUGGUGCGCGUGUGGGUUUUUGCUGCAUGGGGAAGAAGUACGAGAGCGGAAGGUCAUGGAGGAAUGGACGGUGGAGACAUGGGAUAGAAUCCGGAAGGACAAGAACGAUCUUUUUAACCCUGACAGUUUAGCUCUCGAUUCUUUGAAACAGGCCAUAACGAGCCCGUUCAAGCCGCUAUGGGACCAUUGGAUACAACCACUUGCCAAGAUGAUCUCGUAUGCGAGAAUUGAUGCUAUAAUCGAUUCUAGGACAGGCGUGGCGAGCGACACUGAAACACUGGGAGGACGUAUGACCUACAGGACUUUCAUGCAGACGUUAGGCGUGGAUUUCGGCAGUGUGCCACACAAUCUGGACUUGGACUUGCUUGACUGA